AUGGUCGUACUAGAAAAAUUAAAUAACAUUCCAAAGAGGAAUCUAUGGGGUCUACCUAAUCAAACUAUCAUUUCCAUAUCAGCAGCAGUCUCUCUAUCUCUCGUCGACUCUUCGAAUUUCCAGCGGCAGCCGCCCCUCAGAUCAAACAGGAAGCAUUGGCAAAACUAUGUUAGGACUAGGUUUAACCAACCUGCACGCAAGAGCCGGAGAAGAAAUGCUAGGCAGAAGAAGGCUGUGAAGAUCUUCCCUAGGCCAACUGCUGGACCUCUCCGUCCUAUUGUCCAUGGCCAGACUGUGAAGUACAACAUGAAAGUCAGAGCUGGAAGAGGUUUUACUUUGGACGAGCUCAAGGCUGCUGGUAUCCCUAAGAAACUUGCCCCAACUGUUGGGAUCAUCGACGCAAAAACAGAGGAAUUAGCAACAGCUACCCAAGUCCAAGGUCCAGUCUUGCCCAUUGUUCCUGAGAAACCAACCGCGGAGCUUGUUAAGAUAACUGGUGACAUGAAGUCAUUCAAGGCCUACAACAAGCUGCGCGAUUGGAGAGGAUGA